AUGAAGCUCGAGCCACUGAAAGAAGUUCUCAAGCGCCAAAUCCCGGUCGAUGUUGGCAAAGCAAUCCCGAUGCUGGUGUACGAGCUGGAUCAUCCAAAAAACUGUGGCAAACCCUGGAUUGGGGCUUACUCUGCGCAUGGUUUCUGGUAUAAAUUUUUUGAUGGGACCAAUGACGACUUUGAAAAGGCUGUUGCGAUGUCUUUUGAAAGUGAUGGAUACAAGCUAAAUUACGAAUCGUUGAAAGUGUGGAAAACUAUUUUUGCUGACAACUUCCGUUUUAUUGUUGCCAAAAAUCUAAGCAGUGCAGCAAGAUUGGAAGACAUGAAGUUCCUGUUUCUUAUUUCUGUGGAUGUUCUGAGUGAGGUUGUUGAUAAGCAGAUGGUUCUGCUGAUGAAUAAGCACGGUCUUCAUUUGCUGACAAGGACCUUAUAA